UAUUCGCACUUCAUGAGCGGGAAAGAUGGUGUCUGUUUUUCUGUCAAAGCUUCAGAUGGUCAAAAUGAAGACCUGGAUUGUCCUGAUUGUCCUGGGAAUGUGUCUCCAUGGCGCGGCGGCACGAAUUCACUCUCUGAAGUAUGUCUACACUGCGUCUUCUGAGGUCCCAAACUUCCCAGAGUUUGUGUCUGUUGGGUUGGUUGAUGACGUUCAAAUUGAUUGCUAUGACAGUAAUACCAUGAGGGACAUACCCAAACAGGACUGGAUGAGCAGAGUCACAGAAGAGAAUCCACAGUACUGGGAGAGGGAGACAGGGUUACAUUUGAAUGCCCAGCAAGUCUUUAAAGCCAACAUUGAAACUGCAAAGCAGCGCUUCAACCAAACUGGAGGUCUGUUUAUGUUCCACUUUCUCUUGAUAAAAUGUUUAUAUUUUCAUUCAGUGUUUUAAUAAACAGAUAUUUCACACA